AUGGGGAAGCCAUCGCAGAACUUGCUUCCAGCGUUUCCUGCAACCGACGCUGAGCCUUCGGACGACGCUCUCGAACCUGUUAAUCCUGGUGUCAAAAAACUGAAGAAGACGCCGGCCAAGCGUCGCGCGCUCAGCUGUCUGCCAUGCCGAAGGCACAAGCUGAAGUGCAACCGCCAUGUCCCGUGCCAUUCGUGUAUCCGUUACCGGAGAGAGGAGCAAUGUCGUCUCAAUCCGCCGCCUUCCUCUGUCAUGAGAGGCAGCGUGCCCCUACAUUCACAGGGCCAUGUUCCUCCAGACCAUACCUCCGUGACCGCGCAUGCACCAGUGCCCGCGCCUGCGCCCGCGCCAGUACCUGCAUCGCUCUCUUUUCAACCGCUCCAUACCCAAGUGGCAUCUGCUACACCUUUACAAAGCAAACCUCAACAACCAUAUAUACCUCACACCCGCGAACCAGACCGUAUAGAAACUAUCGUAUCUAAGAGUGCUCGGAAUACAUUAUUGGAAACUCCGCUGGCUCAAAGCUUGGCUAGCCUGCCGCAGAAUAUCCUUGGAGUCUCAACUCUCCCGCCAUUCAUACCACUCCUGCUGGCUGAACAAUUUCAACGGCCCGUGGACGAAAAUGAGGUUACCAUCUUUUGGUGCGCACAGCUCGUUUCCAUGCUCCCCUUGCGCCACCAAUGCGACCUUAUUGUCAAUUACUAUAUCAACGAGCUCAACUACGUUUACCACUCCGUACACGCUCCAUCGUUUCGAGAAGACUAUGCUGCCUUUUGGAAUAAGGAUAUCAAAGAUACUGAUAUAAUCUGGCUGUCAUUUCUAUACUCGAUCCUCUCCACCAGUGCCGUUUUCAUUCCGUUCCCUGAUGUAAAAGCCGUCGGGCUGGAUCCCGACACAAUACGCAAAAAGGCUCAUCUAUGGCAUUGGGCUUCUAGGCAGGCACUAAGUGCCGGUCAUUAUGAAUCACGGCCUUGUUUAACGCAAUUAGAAACAUUCCUCGUGACGCAGCUAUAUUGGUUAUCUACCAAGAAUGUUGAGGCUCUGAACUCAGCACUCGGACAGGCGGUUCGGAACGGACAAGCGUUGAACUUGGAUAGGGAUGUUUCGGGAUAUAGCCCUCUCGAAACAGAAAAGCGACGGCGUAUCUGGUGGGAGCUGUUUUGCUGCGAUACCUUCCAAUCAAUGUGUAUGAGUCGGACACCACUCAUUCAUUGUCCCGCCCCAAAAAUCCCAUUACCCGCGAACUGUAAUGAUGUGGAUAUUACCGACUCGUUCACUGAAGGACGGCCAAUUGAUGAACCAACAGAAACCAGUGCAAGUAUUCUCCGAGCAGAAGUAUUUUUGAUCAUGCGCAAACUCUUCGAUAGCGGUUUUGAAUAUCUGUCGUCUUACGAGUAUGUACGAUCAGUUGAUACAGAGCUCGCAAAUCUCACCCGUAACUUCCCGUGGUACUUCCAGCUCGAUGAGAAUGGUGAAUGUGCGAACCUCCCUGAGCACCAGGAUUACAUAGUGUGGCAAUUCCACCUGCUCCAUAGCUGCAUUUGCAUGCAGCGCAUACGCAUGAACCGUCCCUUUAUUCACACACGCGCUGGUGACUCGUGGGCUGUCUGUGCCAAAGCUGCCAAUGAGGUUUUGGCUGUUUACCAAAGCAUGCGUAACCCAGACGUGGAGGAGUUUCGCAAAUCGCAUAAGCUAUCUGUGCAAUCAUACCAGAUAUUUUCCGCUGCUGUGGCACUGGCAGGUUUUCUGCUUGUUGAACGUUCCUUCCCGGCAGAUAAUAUUCGCCCUCUUAUUGAAAUGGUGAUAUCUGAUUUAGAACUGUGUACGGAGGAUGCUUCGAUUGCUGUAAACGGCAGGAAUACUCUGAUUAAAAUGUUGGAUAUGUAUGAUCGUCGCCAACAAAGGGAGCCUGUUGAAGCGGAGUCCCUUGUACCAGAAAUAUCGGUAGUCUUUGGUGGCGAGCAAACCACACGGAAAUACCUGAAGCGGUGCGAAAUCGGCUACGUUCUCAAUGAAGAUGGACAUGCUACCCCUAGCUCGGCUAAUCCUAGGGCGAGUGUGACCACUCCCAACGCGAACACAUACGGCACCAACACUCCGACAUCCUACACCUACAAUCAAGUUAACCAGUCAGCGGCAGAAGUAAGUGACGUGCCUCAAGGAACUCAAUACACAGUUCCCAACCCACCAUUCUCCGAGUUUGAUCCCUCAAGGGUGCAAUCGAAAGCCUAUAUCCCACAUCCUAUCCCUGCCAAUUCAAUCCUGGUAAACACCAAUAAUACCCAGGCUCUCACGAAUCCCGAUAUUAGCCAACACCUGCCAAACACCAGCAUCAGCCCAAACGGAGACCUGGAACUACUUAAUUGCUUCUAUAGCAACCCAAUUCCUCUCGAUAUGAGUUUUGAUGGACCUUGGGACUUUUUGCUCACUGACUUACCGUACCAACCCUGA